ACACAAACCCACCAACCAUGAUUUCUGCACCCUCCGAUUCAACCAUCAAAUCUUAGCCGUUUAAAUAAGUCGGUUAUUCACUAUAAAAGGACGUCGAGAUCUCGUCUGUUCCCCUUUUACGCUGUCCUUAAAAAUUAGGGUUGCAGUUUCAAGUUCGGAAUUUUGAAUUACAAGCUGUACAAUGCCACGUUACGAGGACAGAUAUGGGAGCACUACUCGCCUCUAUGUUGGUCACUUGUCCUCACGGACCCGAUCUCGCGAUCUUGAGCAUGUGUUUAGUAGAUAUGGCAGAGUACGCGAUGUGGAUAUGAAGCGAGACUACGCCUUUGUUGAAUUCAGUGAUCCACGUGAUGCUGAUGAUGCUAGAUAUAACCUGGAUGGUCGAGAUGUGGAUGGACGCCGCAUUAUUGUGGAAUUUGCCAAGGGUGUGCCACGUGGGCCUGGAGGGGUUCGGGAGUAUGUGGGCAGGGGUCCUGCUCCAGGUUCUGGCCGCUGCUUCAAUUGUGGCAUCGAUGGUCACUGGGCUCGUGAUUGCAAAGCUGGAGACUGGAAGAAUAAGUGUUACCGCUGUGGGGAAAGAGGUCACAUUGAGAGGAACUGCCAAAACAGUCCUAAGAAGCUUAGUAGCGGACGUGGUCGAAGUUACUCGCGAUCUCCUGUAAGGUCACGUUCUCCUCGCCGUGGUGGCCGCAGUAGGAGUAGAAGCUUCAGCAGAAGCCGCAGUUACAGCCGGUCAAGGUCCCCUGCCGCCAGAAGAGGACGUGAUGCUGAUUAUAAAGAAAGGAGGUCAAGAAGUCCACGUGGUGAAAGCCCAGAUCUUAAGAGAGACGCUUCUCCUACUAAAUCAAGGAAGCUCAGCCCAACACCUGAUAGAGAUGCGCCUAGAGAGCGAAGUGCUUCACCUAGCAGAGGCAGGGUGGAGACUGAGCAAGACGGGUACAAUAGUGAUAGCCCAAAGGAGACUAGCCGUAGCCCUGUGAGUCCUGCAGCUAGGAGGUAUGAUGAGAGUCCUUAUGAGGAAAAUGGCCGCAAUCGCAGCCCCAGCCCAAGAGAGGACAGAAGCCCUGUUGAGGAUGAUGAUCCAGUACGGUCGCCCCGAGGCAGCGAGUCUCCUUGAAAGCAUUCAUAAUGUGGAACACUAACUUGGGAUUUAUGUACCGUCUCUCUAUAUGCUCUACACUUGUGUUGUCAAUUUGUGAGGUAUUAAAACUAUACUGUUGUCUUUAGCUGUGACUUCAAGAAGUUUGUCUUUGCAGACUACAAACUUUUAUGUGUGGUGAUUUAUUGCCAACCGUUUAGAUCAAGUGGUGAAUGAAAUGGUGGAGAAGAAGUCUCGAGUAGUUUGUGAAA